AUGGGUGCGUUCUCGAAUGAAGUCUAUCUGGGUACCUACUUUCUCAUACUUCUUCUACAAUUGUUUUGUGCUGGGAUAAACGGUCUCAUUAUUGUUUUCUUCUUCAAACUCCCGGCACUCCGUAAAAAUAAACAUCUUCGACUCGUUUCGUAUCUUUCAGUUGGUGACUUUGUCACGGCAAUAUGCGAAGCUCCGUAUAUCAUCUACAUGAUAUUGAACUGGAAUCCAACUUUACUAGAUUUCGACCCACUUUUCAUUCUAGUUUCCUCAAUACCUCUCCCAAUUCAACUCAAAGUUUCAGCUACAAUUACAAUUGGGAUUGCGUUGAGCCGAAACUUAGCUGUGUUUUUCCCCGGACGGUUUAGAAAAAUCGAGCAGAGUUACUAUUCGGAGAUCACAUUGCUUGUCGGUGUACUGCUUGGAUUGUUUGAUGCAGCUCUCUGGUUUGCUCUAUCCCCACCGACACGAAUGCCGAACUGUGGAACGAGUGGAUGUUUUGUCAGCGAUCAGUUCAGAUACUAUUGGGGAAUAUCCAAUAUGAUUCUUGGAUUUGCUGUUGUUUCACUAUCCAUCACGAUUUGUUUCAAAAUCAAAGCAGUUGAGAAGAAAACUCCAGCUAUCAAUUCUUCUGUUCAACAUCAAAACAAAUUUCAACAAGCAAACCGAACAUCCACUGGAAUUCUAAUUUCAUCUCUAUUCUUCCUAACUGCUCCCAGUGUUUGCGUGGGAGUUGUUGAAUUGAUGGGAUAUUCCAUAUUCAGACUUGUUGGACCAUUCUAUUCUGCUAGUUUGAUGGCAAGUGGAAUCUGCAACGGGAUAAUUUUCAUCGGCUGUAAUGGAGAUGCUCGUCGACUAAUUGCCAGUAAACCAAGGCAUUCAAUGACUCAAACGGUUUCUGUGGCUGGUCGCUCAGUCGUUAUAAGAUAUUGA